UGCCAGUUAAGUGCUAAUUUUAAGACACAGAAAAAGACCUGUAACGGGCAAACGGCGCAGCGGAUCCGGGCAAGGUUUGAUUUUACUAUUGCCCACACCUGUUACUUGCCCCAGGUCGACUUCCUCGAUAUUACACUGAAGCGAGAUUGUGACGGAUGGAUUCAGACAGAUGUGUUCCGCAAAAGCACUGCAGUGAACAGUUACCUUCAUGCAUCAUCAUCACACCCUACCUCAACGAUUAAUGCUAUACUGACAGGGGCUACAGUAAUAAAAGUAUUAAAAAGGCAUAUGUGCGAGCAAAAAGUGCAGAUCGACGUCAACUCUUACAACCAAGGAACCGUAGUACAGAUAACAACCAGAUACAUUUCAUCUACCCCGAGCAUCACAGCUAGAAGAUCCCAGAAUCUUAAGGACUUGCUGGUCCAAAGCGAGUAUGGAGAAGAACCAGCAUGUAAGAAAUUUGGUUCCAAAGGACCGAAAUGGGGAUGCAUACCCUGUGGCCGGUGUAUUGCAUGUCCGAACAUAGUACGUACAGACAACUUCACCGACAGCUCAGGAAAAACAACUUUUAAGAUCACACAGCACAUCACCUGUUCUACCAGAGCAGUCGUAUAUUACGCGACAUGCCCAUGUCAGAAGAUUUAUGUCGGACUAACAACUCGCGAACUGAAGGUAAGGGUAAGAGAGCACAUGAGGGAUAUUAGGUUAGCCAGAGUGACAGACAGUGGACACGAUUUCAAACCGGUUGCAAGGCACUUUCUAAAAUACCACGAUGCAGAUCCAGCUCUUUUAAAAGUUUGCGGUAUUGACAGAAUACAGCUUGUGUACAGAAUACAGAUGUGGCAAAAAGAUUGGCUCAGUGUGAAUCUCGGUGGAUUUAUAGACUCCAAACCAUGGUACCCCACGGUCUAA